UGUAUAGACGUGUAUACAAGUAUUUGCGAGUGUGUGAUUCUAUUUACUAAUACUGUUCACCAGCGUGCGCGGUUAGAUAUCAGGUUAAUUCAACCAGAUAACUACCCUGCGAUUACUCAGCCUCCGCAUUUUAUUGUAUUACUAAAAUACCUUGUUGGUAUUUAUACUUUGGUAGUGGUUUAUUUUACAUUUACUUUUAGAAAGUGGGACUUCGUCUAUAAAGAAAAACCCUAUCCCCCUUUGCUGGUUUUCUCUUCUGUUAAAUGUUAUAUUGGAGCCUUUUCUAAUGCUAUUCUUAAUAACUGGAACGAUAUAUCUCUAAAAGAUGCUCUACUAUCUUUAAUAGCCAUUGGAUUGAUUUACUGCAGUCUUUUUUUUAAAGCCUUUUUAACUGAAUGUGCUUAUUCUAAAAUAUUAUACUAUUCCAUAUCGCCUAGAUGUCUGGGAAAGGCAUAUCUGUCUUAUAUAGUUAUGGACCGUAUUCUUUAUGUACUGGAUGUUAUCCUUCAUAUUGGUUUUGUACGACAAUGA